AAGACAGACUUUAUAAUUAAUAGACUAAGAUUUUUAAUUAAUAACAAAGAAUUUGAGGGAAGGGAAGAAGGGAUCACAUUAAUGGUUAAGUCUUUGGUCAAUGAGUGUAUCCUUCUGCUAUGCUGCGUGUGAUCCGUGUGAUUCAUGUCACUUGAUUUUGCCACCUAACCCUCCUUGUAUUUUAGUUAGCACCCUUUCCUUUCUGAUGCUUUUGUUAUGUUGUUCUAUAUUUUCUAUGUUUCUGUCACUCUCCAUCUUCCUCCAUCUUACGUACGAGUAACUAUCAGAAACUACACAAUCCAACUCACAACAUCCGAGGUUUGAUCAAUCACCAUGUCUGACAAAGUCAACCAUGUCUUUAACAAAUAUCUCCAGCAGCUUCAGCACCAUCCUCUCCGAACCAAGGCAAUUACCGCCGCAGUUUUGGCUGGUUUUAGUGAUGCAGUGGCACAGAAGAUAAGUGGAGCCAAGAAGCUUCAGUUGAGAAGGUUGCUUCUUUUCAUGCUCUAUGGUUUCGCAUACUCAGGACCCUUUGGACAUUUUCUCCACAAAUUGAUGGAUAAAAUCUUUAAGGGGAAGAAAGGCAAUGAAACUGUUGCUAAGAAGGUGAUCCUUGAACAGAUAACCAGUUCCCCAUGGAACAACUUUUUCUUCAUGAUGUAUUAUGGUUUGGUUAUAGAAGGAAGACCUUGGAGUGCAACCAUCAACAAAGUUAAAAAGGAUUACCCUUCUGUUCAGUUGACUGCAUGGAAGUUUUGGCCUAUAGUUGGUUGGGUGAAUUACCAGUAUAUGCCUCUGCAGCUCCGUGUUGUAUUUCACAGCUUUGUUGCUGCAUGCUGGGGAAUCUUUCUGAAUCUGAAAGCAAGGUCUGUUGCAAUUAAGAAGGCCUAGGACAAAUGUCACACUUUUGGAUAAUUUUCUGUUUCGUUCCUAUGUAAAUUGGGAUAGAAAAUCUACCAAUUUGUUAAUAUGGGAGCUUUCAAUUUCAUUUGGUUGUUAUGACUUAGUUGAACUUGCACUUGCCAACAUUGAUAAAUGAGAUUUAAUUUACUUUUUA